UUUUUCAAUUCACAGAUUCAUUCAAACCCUAAUUUCCCAUUCAUAUAUCUAUACAUCUAUAUCUAUAUAUAAACCUCCGAUUACAAUCAGUUUAUCUUUUGCUUCAAAUGUUCUAUUAGUAAGCAGCCAAAUAAAAAGAUUAAUAUUCCUUGAAAGGCAUCUGUUGAAAUCAUAACGAUUAACUCCCGAGACAAGAAAUUUUCUCGUGAUUAAUGAUUAAUUCAAAGGAUUGGCAAACUUAAUGGAAGCGUGACACCACGUUACUUGAAAUACAUACACACUUAAAAAAACUGGGUUUGAAGGUGGUUGAUAUUUCUUGAUUUUACAUACUUCUAGAAGGUACACAACAUCUUGUUUUAGCCUCAAAUAUUGGGGCCUAAAUCAUUAAUGCCUGGCAACGGAGUUGGGGACAGGGUUCACAAUUUCUUCGCACAAGACAACCUGUCCCAGAGUUCACGAUCUCAGGUUGCCGAUGGGAAUUGGCCCAUAAAUGACAAUUUGUGGGGCGGUAAUCAGAAACAGUUUGGCGUGUCAGAUUCCAGUCCAAGAAACUACAGUCCACAACAGUCACAACAGUCAGACACUGAGAGAGGACAUGGGGGUCAACGCGUUCCAGACCCACAUAUUUUCAACAUUACACAAACAAAUGCAAGGCCUGAGUUUGCUAGAAAUGUCUCCCAGUCUCAUCAUGAACAGCCAAGUUCGAAUGGCUACAUGUAUGGACGCCAAAAUUUUCAAGCAAGACCUGACGAAGCAAAUUUUAUGGGUGUGGAUACAGAAUAUGGUCGAAGUAAUAUGAACCAAAGGGGGCUUCCUUUUUAUGAAUCUCAGCAAGAAGCCGUUUCUGAACAACCUCCAAAAAAUCCAUUUAGAUCAGAGACGUCGGAAGCUCAUGGUAGUUUUGACCUUUUCGGUGGUCAACAUCAGGCAAAUAGUCAGCAUCCAGGUUUUCUGCAACCGUUACAACCACAGCAGUCAGGAUUUGGUGACAUACAGCAACUACAACAGCAACUGAUGCUCAGGAAGAUGCAAGAGCUUCAAAGGCAACAGGAGCUUCAAAGGCAACAGGAGCUUCAAAGGCAACAAGAAGUUCAAAGGCAACAAGAAGUUCAAAGGCAACAAGAGGUACAAAGGCAGCAUGAGGUUCAAAGGCAACACGGUCUUCAAAGGCAACAAGGGAUUCAAAGGCAACAAGAGCUUCAAAGGCAACAAGAACUUCAAAGGCAACAUGAACUUCAAAGACAACAAGAGCUUCAAAGGCAAGAGGACAUUCGACAACAAAGUUCAUCUAAUCAUGCUUCUCCUUUUGCUAGACAACAGGCAUCUGGAAGCCAGGCACACAUGCUUGUUAAUGGCAAUCCAAAUUCUGAUUCUUCUGGUUAUGGUUGGGCUGAGCCUGCAUCAGGUAACUCAAAUUGGUUGCACCGUGCUUCUUCAGCCAUGCCACCUGAUCAGGGUCAACCACAGCGGUCCAUGGGUUUUGCCCAGCAGCAUGCGGAACCAUCUCUAUACGGGGUUCCUGUGUCUUCCUCAAGAGGGCCUCUAAACCAUCAUCCUCACAGCAAUUCGUUUCCUGGGAGUAAUUUUGCUGCAAUUCCAGGUAAAGGUUUAUUUGGCAGCACUUUUGGUCAAGGGUCAAACACCAGGAUGGAGGUAGACCACAUUCAGCAACUAAAUGCGCCAUCAAGUACAUCUGUGCAGGAUUCUACUGCAGAGAUGUUAGAGGAUAAAUCAGCAACAGAUGCAGCUUCUUUAGAUCCUGAUGAAGAAAAAAUUUUGUUUGGUUCAGAUGAUAACAUCUGGGAAGCCUUUGGCAAUAGCAAAAACAUGAGUGGAGGUGUGUCAAGUUUGCUGGAUGAUAACGAGUUCGCUAGUGGUUUGCCUUCUCUUCAGAGUGGUAGUUGGAGUGCUCUGAUGCAAUCCGCGGUGGCAGAAACUUCUAGCAAUGAUGUACAAGAAGAAUGGCCCGACUUGAAUUUUCAGAAUUCUGAAUUGCCACCUGCGAAACAGUCUUCUCCAUAUGAAGACAGUGGGAAACAUCAAGCAGCUUCGCAUGAUAUUAGCCUGCCUAAUAGGAAUGCUAAUGUUAAUAAUAAGCAUCAUAGUAUCUUGGGCUUUCAGGAUCAUAGUAAAAAUAAUCCAUAUGCGCAAAUGAACCAACCUUCUCCUGGAGGAAGCAAUUGGUUAAACCGUGGAACUUUUCAAAAGGCAGAUUCUAAAGAAAACAGAGUAUAUACAAAUUCUGUACCAGGCCAGCGGACUUCUCAGAGUUCUGGAACAAGCCAACCAAUAAAUAAACAAAAUCAUUGGAUUACCAACGAGUCUAUUCCAUCUUCCGUAAGCACUGGAUUUAAUAUGAAUGAGAAUGACAAUUCAUUACAGCAAUCGCAGAAUAAUGAUUGGAAGAGAGCAACACUGAGUAACACUGCUGUUGCGUCGAACUUAAGCAACUCGCAGGGUGGCAAUCAUUCGAACCAGUUCUUGCCAAACAACCAUCAUCUUAAUCUGUGGAAACAUGUUGAUUCCUCGGUGAAAUCUAAAGGGAGUGAGAACUCAGAGAUAUCAAGGAGUCGUCUGAGUAGGGGUCCGCAGGUAUCUGAAUCAUCAUUUAAUAGUUCAGAUAAGGAGGAUCUAAAGACGCACGAGAUGGAGAGCAGCAGUAGAAGGGAGAACUCUAAUGACAGCUACAGGUCCAGCUCAUCUCACCUUCCUAGUACUGUUGGCCCCAGAGAAAAAUCAGCAUCAGAUGCUGGUGACCCAAGAACAAAACAAAUAAUAUCUAAUCAGGCAAGUAGGAUGACGUCAGGUCCACGGAAGUUUCAGUAUCAUCCUAUGGGAAACCUUGAUGAGGAUGUUGGAAUGCCCUUUGGAACUAGACAAGAUGCCAUUACAAAGGCCAUGUCUCUGCAGCAGUCUCAAGGAUUAGGAGGUCAGGAUCAAGGAAAUUUUGGACAUGCCAGAAGUAGUGGCCAGGUGCAUGUAGCGAAGCUUGAAGAAGUUCCCAAAGUAUCUGAUGAAAUGCAUUUCAAGGGCAUGAUUCCGGGUCAUGUGUCAAAUAUUUUUGCUUCCCAUGACAGAUCUGGAGGUUUAUCCACGGCUGACAAAGCUUCUCAACCUAGCCAAAAUAUGUUGGAGCUUCUUCACAAGGUGGAUCAAUCAAGGGACCAUGGAACGCCAAGGCAUAUGACCUCCAUGGAACCGAAUUUGUCGUCAGAUGUGCCUGAACCAGAAAACUCUGAUGGAUCUUUUGGUGGCAAUCAGAGAAGUCAGUCAUCCAACUCUCAGGGGAUUGGUUUACAGCUGGGACCACCUUCACAACUAUUACCGAUGGCUAUGCAGGCGGUUAAACCUAAUCUUCAGAGUCAGGCUCAAGCCCCUACUAAUUCUAGAGGCAAGGGUCAUGCAGAGCAGUCUCCUCUUCCUCCUCUCCAGGAUGCGUCACAUGGAGAAUUAAAUAGCAGCCGAAUGAUUAUUUCAGGUCUAAAUGAAAGUCAACCUGCAGGACAUAAGAUGAUGACCAACUUUUCUGCAGCUUUAGGUUCCGAAUUUGCUAAUUCAAAAGGUCAGCUUCAUAACCAUAUAACGGUUGGCAAUGAAUCUUUCAAUGGGCAUAUUCCCCAAAUUAGGCAAACAGAUGGCACCCAUGGAAGAUCACUUAGCUCUGGGCUUCAUGUUAAUGCUGCAUCAAGCGAAAAAGUACAGUUUUCACAAUCUUCAACAGGGGAGAAGUUAUCUAACUCUCAGCCUGGUGCUGUUUCUAGUGUGCCUCAACAAGGUGGAUUCUCAAAAAUGUUGCCCAAUGCAUGGUCAAAUCUCCAAAGUCACCAAAUGUUUCCAGCAUCUCAAGCUCGUAAAAGUCAAUUAAAUAUUGUGGAAUCAACUUCUUUAGGCCAGCAGAAUAUAGAGGAACAAGAAGCAGAUAAGAGAGGAAAUAGUAUGUCUAAGCAUGGUGCAAUGCAGGGGAUUACUUUUACUAGGGAGCAGUCAAUUGAAAAUGCUGACCGAGGUCAAAUGAUGAAUGGACUGGCAGCUGGAACUGAUUCCAUUAAUAUGCCUUCUGCUGAUCCUUCAGCUCUUAACUCUACUGCAGCUCAAAAAGAUCUUGAAGCGUUUGGUCGUUCUUUAAAGCCGAAUAAUUUUAAGCAACAAUUUUCGUUGCUGGAUCAAAUGAAGGCUGUGCAGAAUACCGACAAUGACCCAAAUAGUAGGGUAUUGAAGAGAUUGAAAGAUUCAGAUAAUAUAUUGGGUGGUCAAGUACCUGUCCCGCCUGGAGGUUCUUUAAUACCAAGAUUUGCGGGACCAUCAGAUAGCGUUGACCGGAAUGUGGCUUCUUUAUCUGCUAAUAUACCUUCAAAAGAUGUGUCUGUAUCUGAUCAAAAUGGAUCUCAAAGUGGCACACCUAGUAAAAUCAUGACUUCUGCUAAAAUUGAGCACUCGCACAUGAGUCCUGAAAUGUCUUCAGCUUGGUUUGAAAAAUAUGGAGCAUCUAGAAGUGGUCAGAUGGUGUCGCAAAGAUUUGACAAUGCCAGGACAGCUGAGCAGUCAUUUAAUAUGGGGAAAGUUUUGGGUAGUGUUGACCGGAAUAUGACUUCUCUACGUACUAAUCUAGUUUCUAAAGAUGUACCUGGAUCUGAACAAAAUGGAUCUCAAAGUGUCAUUCCUGGUAACAUCAUGACUUCUGGUAAAAUUGAACGCUCGCACAUAAAUUCCCAAAUGGCUCCACCCUGGUUAGAAAAACCUGGAACAUCUAAAAGUGGUCAGAUGGUGUCACAAGGAACCGAUGCUGCAAGGACUAUUGGACAGACAUUUAACGUGGGGAAAGUUUUGGGUAGUUUAGAGGCACAUGAUUCAAAGGAGCUAGCAAAUGCUGCAGCUGAUACCAAUCAAGGGGGUGUUAUCUUCAAAACUCUAGUAACACCAUCUGUGGUGGCUGAGCAAUUUCCCACUCCCCUGCUGCACUUGAAUGCUGGCGCUCAAAAUUUGGUUACCCUGAGGCCAAAAAAACGAAAGCGCUCAACAAAUCAUUCUUGGAUCAAGGAAGUAUCGGGGGGUAGUAAAAAUCUUCAAGACAUUUGCACUGCUUCAUUGGAGUGGACCAGAGCAACCAAUCGAUUGAUGGAAAAGGUUGAAGUUGAUGGGGAAGUUAUUGAAGAUAUACCGAGACCAAAGAGGCGCAUUAUUUUAGCUACACAGUUAAUGCAGCAACUACUUCCCCCUCCAGAAAGCAGUGUUCUCUCAGAAGAUGUCACUUCAAGCUAUGAGAGAGUGGCAUUUUACGCUACUCGAUUGGCACUUGGAGAUGCAUGCAAUCUUGUAUCCUCUCAUAACGGAUCAAAUCUCCUCUCUGAUGAAGGUGGAGAAUCUGAGAGAAUGGUUGAGCAUCAUUGUACAAAAGUUGUGGAAGACUGCAUGAGUAAAACAACUAAGCUGGAAACUGAUUUUUCAAGGCUGGAUAAGAGGGCAUCGAUAUUGGAUCUAAGAGUGGAGUGUCAAGAUCUAGAGAAGUUUUCUAUAAUUAAUCGUUUUGCUAAGUUCCAUGGAAGGGGGCAAGCAGAUGCUGAAGCUUCAUCAUCUGAUGCAGCUUCAAAUAUACCAAAACCUCCCCCCCAGAGAUAUGUUAUUGCAGUCCAGUUACCCAAGAAUCUUCCAGAGAGGGUACAAUGCCUGUCAUUAUGAUCUCUAAUUAUUUGACAUUGCUCCUCAUUACCCGUCUGCCCCUGAUCAAUUUUCUUGCACGCGACACUGAAGCGUGCACGAUGGGACAUAACAUGAAUGUAUAAAAUGCAGGAGAAAGUGAAAUAGAUUGUCAUAAAAAAAACAAAGUGAAUGGCAGUGUGGUCUUUAGCCUUUAGGUUGCAUAUUCCUGAGAAAUACAAGUUCGUUUGGGCGGUAAAUGUGAAACUGGAUAGUUCAGCCAAUUAGUUAGCAACAUUCCAUUUAUAGUAGAUAAAAUGUUCUAAGUCUCUCAUUUCUAAAUGGAUCAAAUAUGUAUUUAGAUGGGGUAUUGUUAUAUGGCUGCAAUAUAAUGGGGUUCCCAAAGUGUUUUCAGAA